AUCACAGAGGUUGCAGAUAAAAGAGGAGUCUGGGCAACAAACAGUGGAAGAGAGACAGGGAAGGAUAAAGAGAAAGAGAGAGAGAGAGCGAUAAAGGGCUUAAGGAAACACUGCUUCUUCCUAUAAUACAGUGACAGCCUUUAUCAUCAACCUUGCAGACAGAACACGUUACAGUUGGCAGCAGUCACAUCACUGACCUUUCAAUUUGUUGAAAGACACUAGAGAUGGCACCAGCCUCACCAAAAAGGAGACAGCACUGGCAGAGAAGCGUCAGUGCUGGUUACCCACAAUACACUCUGGCACACGCCUUCCUAUACUGCUGCAUUGCUCUCUGGUUCAAUGCUCCUGCCGCAGCCGCAAUCAAGUAUAAAGAACCAUUUUCAGCUGAUGAACUGAUCACACCAUUAGAUGAUAUAACAAGGGAACCAGUAGGAUUUCCCAAGCAAGAUAACUUUGUACUAUUGCUUAAGAAAACAAAAGAUCCUCCUUCACUAAACGAUGAUUUGCUACCUAAUUUGAAUCCUGAUGUAGACAUCAUACUUACCAAUUCUCUUGCUCACCUGAGUGAAGACAUUGUGUAUACAAUAAAGCAAACAGCCAUAACAGAUUUUUCAUAUUUAGUAAUUGACACAUCGACACAAAUAAUGAAAUCAGGGUGUAUAUUUUUGCUGAGUCAAGAUGUAAGAAUUAAGGACACAUUAUCCAAAUGGUUUAUGACACUUAAAGGCAAAGUCUGUGCAUCAUCACUUCAAGGAUCUAUAAACAUAAACUAUAAAGAUAAAUAUACCUUAAGUCUCUACAGUAGGAAUUACAAUAUUAUCUGUACUUUUAAGAAUGUGGCAAAUAAUCUGUAUCUCGCGUAUGAGGGUGGCGUACUUACACUAAAGAUCCAAGGCUUUUAUAUUCAUUUGUAUGAAAAUACAUUUCUGUUUAAUAAGUACUGUCUGCUUUCUGGCAAGUAA